AUGGGCAACUCAUGUCACAUCAUUCCUACAUCCUAUUCACAUAAUUCUUCUGCCAUAUUAAAGUCUGUAUCAUCAGAAGAGCAGUGGACCAUUAUCGGUGUAACAUCCAUUCCUGCUCUACCUGUAUCAAAUGUGCAAAGUCAAAGCCAAGCUCAAUUUGGUACUGCUACCGUUACCAGUUCAUCCUCAGACUCAAAUCCCAGCAAAAUUCAAAACCCUGAACAAUCCUUAGACACAAUUAUAUUAAAAAUUCCCUUGUGUCCAACAUCAAUGACCCCUGCGUCACCUAGACAGAGGAGAAGAAAAGCUAAUAAAACAUCCAUAACUAAGCACAGUCAGACUGCAUCGGUUGCAUCUCUUCUUCAGAGUGCAAACGCAAAGGGAUAUUCCAACAGAGAUACACAUGAUUCAAGUAAGCCUGAAGAAAUGAAAUGGAC